ACGCGCGCGUCACCUUCCAUCGCGUAUAGAACAGUAAAGUCAGGGCGAGAGAGACAGAGUCUUUUGCGGCAAACACACACGGCAUUUAGUCUUUUUCGACAAAACAAAUAGUUUGCAUCUGCAUUUAUUUCUUUCCGCUGUGGAAAAAAACGAGAAUCAAAUCAAUUUGAAUAAUCAUGGGUGUUGACAUUGAACGCAUUUCUCCAGGAGACGGAAGCCGAUUCCCAAAAAUGGGUCAAACAGUCGUAGUUCAUUACACAGGUACAUUGGAUAAUGGAACCGUUUUCGAUUCAUCACGAAACCGCGGAAAACCAUUCAAAUUUGUCAUUGGCCGUGGUGAGGUUAUCCGGGGAUGGGAUGAAGGUGUCGCACAGUUGUCUGUUGGUGAACGCGCCCGAUUGGUCUGUUCGCCAGAUUAUGCGUAUGGUUCACGGGGACACCCAGGCGUUAUUCCACCGAACGCACGAUUGACAUUUGAUGUUGAACUCCUGAACAUUGAAUAAACCGCAUGCGGUAGUAACCUCCAAACCGGCACCAGUGGCCGCACAUGAACAAUAUCCGGAAAACUCUAAAUAAUAAAGAAAAACCUAAAACCAA